GAGACCCCGCGCCCUGGCCCUGCAUCUACCCUAGUGCGCCUGCGCGGCAACAGCCGCCACUUCGGGAGCCCCUUCCCUGUCCUCCCAGCCCCCCUUCCCUUCCCCGCCUCCCCUCCCAGCCCUGCCGCCCGUCCCACUCCCCGGGCCCUUCGGCGGGGUCUCCCCAGCCCUCGCCCUUCCCCACCCUGUCCCCAUCCCCUAGGAUCCUGGCGCCCCAGCCGCAAGGGCUGCGCCCUCGCGAGCCUCCAUGCGCGUCCACGCCGAGCCUCUGGUCCUCCCUGCCCUCCUCGCAGCCCUCCACUUCCUCCACGCAGGCCACCUCCUCCUUCCGAAUGACGCUAGACGUGGGGCCGGAGGAUGACCUGCCCGACUGGGCUGCGGCCAAGGAGUUCUACCAGAAAUACGAUCCUAAGGACGUCAUUGGCAGGGGCGUGAGCUCUGUGGUUCGCCGUUGUGUUCAUCGAGCUACUGGCCGUGAAUUUGCUGUAAAGAUCAUGGAAGUGACAGCCGAACGACUGAGUCCUGAGCAGCUGGAGGAGGUGCGAGAAGCCACUCGGCGAGAGACACAUAUCCUUCGCCAGGUCGCCGGCCACCCCCACAUCAUCACUCUCAUCGAUUCCUACGAGUCUUCUAGCUUCAUGUUCCUGGUGUUUGACCUGAUGAGGAAGGGAGAGCUCUUUGACUAUCUCACGGAGAAGGUGGCCCUUUCAGAAAAGGAAACCAGGUCCAUCAUGAGGUCUCUGCUGGAAGCAGUGAGCUUUCUCCAUGCUAAUAACAUUGUGCACCGAGACCUGAAGCCUGAGAAUAUUCUCCUAGAUGACGAUAUGCAGAUCCGCCUUUCAGAUUUUGGGUUUUCCUGCCACUUGGAACCUGGCGAGAAGCUUCGAGAGUUGUGUGGAACCCCAGGAUACCUAGCACCAGAGAUCCUUAAGUGCUCCAUGGAUGAAACCCACCCUGGCUACAGCAAGGAAGUUGAUCUCUGGGCCUGUGGGGUGAUCUUGUUCACACUCCUGGCUGGCUCACCACCAUUCUGGCACCGGCGCCAAAUCUUGAUGUUACGCAUGAUCAUGGAGGGUCAGUACCAGUUCAGUUCACCCGAGUGGGAUGACCGUUCAAAUACCGUCAAAGACCUGAUCUCACGGUUGCUGCAAGUGGACCCUGAAAAGCGCCUGACAGCAGAUCAAGCAUUACACCACCCCUUCUUUGAGCGUUGUGAAGGCAGCCAACCCUGGACCCUCACACCCCGCCAGCGGUUCCGGGUGGUAGUUUGGACAAUACUGGCUGCUGGACGAGUGGCCUUAAGCACCCACCGUGCUCGACCACUGACAAAGAGUGCGCUAUUGAGGGAUCCUUAUGCACUGCGUCCUGUGCGCCGCCUCAUCGACAGCUGCGCCUUCCGCUUAUAUGGGCACUGGGUGAAGAAGGGUGAGCAGCAAAAUCGGGCAGCCCUUUUCCAGCACCAGCCACCUCGGUCUUUCCCCACCAUUGGUCCUGAGGAGGAGGAGGAAGAGGAGGAUUUGGCUUCUGUCAACGAGGAUGAGGGGAUGCUGGUACAGGGCUAGCACCUCAGCUCUGGAAGCACACAAAGGGACACCUAACCAGGAAAAGGAUUUUUAACAUUCCAAACUCUCUCACGCCACCCUGCCUGAGUGAUCAGUCUCAAAGCCCAGCCCUGUACACCUAUCGCAACUGGUCAGGACUUUGCUAUCAGAGCCGAGGGAGGAGGGAUUCACUCAGGUAGUCAUACCUGGCCUUGACAAUGCUGCCCAUGCCACUGCUGCCAAUGCAAUAAAAGCUGCUCUGCCAGGAAAGCCAA